CUAUUAUUUUUACGUAAGAAACCAAGUAACAUAUAAAUAAAGCAUUUUUAUACAUUUGGAUUUGCAGUGUAUAUAUAAAGAAUAUGCACAUUUCAAAUAAAAGUUGUAUUUCACUUUUCGCAUCUCUGUAAUCGUCAAUUUUUAUUCGUCUCGAUUUUACUCUUUGAACAGGCCCUGCGCACAUAUAUCAAUAGUUUCAAAAACAUAGUGUUAAUUAUGAGAUAAAUGUUAAAUAUUCUUUUCUUAUAUCUGAGAGAGGUUAAGAAAGGUAGACUACAGGUAGCGAGGAUUCGAAGAGUCGUAACUUUUAUGUACAAUAUAUACUAAUUUUACUUUUUCCUGGUACUUCAUCCUUCAUGUUACAUCUUAUUUUCUUAAUUUUGCUUCAGAGAAAAUUUCAUUUCAGUACAUAUAGAGUACGGUCCACGGUUCAUACAGUACUCUAAAUUAUUAAAGCAAAUAGGUCGCAAAUGCGUUAUGACUAUUUUAUUUAAAAAGUAUUCUUCGACAGAUGCUUUUCUUUCUUUAAAGGUAAUUGCUCGUUAGAAGUUAAAACUUAUAACUUUAUAGUUAGAUGACAUUUCAUGUACAAUUACCUUACCAAUUUCUUUAUUUUUUUUCUCUUGAAUUUCUUUUCUACUAGAUAUUAAGACUCUUUUAAAGAUCGCAAGAUGUGACUUUCACCGGAUGUAUAUCGCUGUGAUCAUUACAUAUUUAAGCAAAUUGUUCAUGAGUGCGUAGUCAGUACUGGAAGAUAACGCGACUUUGUCCGCUCCUUUUUAAAAAAUUAGAAGCUAUUUCUUCGUAUUGUGUACACACAGGAGGAAAAUAUUUAAUGAGCCAUUGGUCAGUCACCCGACGGUGCUAUACGUUUCAAGGUACUUCUAGAAUUUUCUAGUCUGCACGCAAAUUUUCUACAACAUACAUCAAGCUGUGGUUGGAGAACAUUUUUUCAAGAGUAUAUGUUUCUUAUACGUUGACAAAAGUAUUCCUAUGUUUUAAUGUUUUGGCUAGUACAUAAACAGUAGCAAAGGAAGAUAAGAAAUUAUGGGGAGUAAACGUACGAUCAAUCGCACGGUAGAACUUAUGCUCACCAUGUUCGGUGUCUGGCCAGGUAUACCAUGUGUACAGCUCUACAGAGUGUUUUGGAUAAUUACGUUAGCAAUUAAUCAAUACUUUCACUACUUGUAUUUUGCAACGCAUUUUCAUUUUGAUAAUCUUUUCGACUUGAUGGAUUGUCUGAGUAGUUUCUUGGCGCAUGUAAAACUGACCUUCAAGCUCGUUAUUUUUUCACUAAAACAGCGAAAAUUUGUCGAAAUUUUGACAAUGACAAAGGAAGACUGGGAUGAUUGCGGUAACAGUGACGUUGCAUUACGCGAAACGGCAAGCAAAACAAAAUUAUCGAGCCGUAUUUGCAAUGCGUUAAUUAUUCUUCAUACAAUCGCCGCGGUUGCAUACGUCAUUGGCAUUCUCCUGGCCGAUGCCGACGUCACCGAUCGAACGGCUGAAUUGCCCCUCAUGAUGAAAAUGGAAUAUCCCUUCGUUAUAGACACGCUACGCAAGUACAGACUGGUAUUAGCUACGCAGUUCGUUUUCGUGAUGGUGUGCAGUUGGGGAGCUGGUUUAUUCAACGGUCUGUUUUUAACUCUGACUCUACACGUGGGCAGUCAAAUAAACAUUUUGCUGCGCUGGUUGACGGAAGUUGGAUCUAUAGACAUUGAAAAAAAACGUGACUCAUUCGUCACUGUCAUGACGGAAAUCAUUCGGAAACAUCAAAAAAUUAUUAAUCUUUCAGAAAACAUAGAAAAUCUUUAUUCAUACAUUGCUUUGUUGCAAUUCACAUCGAAUACCGUGAUGAUUUGCUCAUUAGGAUUUCUUAUUGUAACCGCAAUCGGUAGUCCUGAUGCCACUGAACAAAUAGUAAGAUCUCUUUUAUUUUACGCUGUGACAAAUAUCGAAGCGUUUAUAUUUUGCUUUGCUGGAGAAUAUCUGAGCAAUAAGAGCAAAGCGAUUGGAAAUGCAGCGUACAAUUCAACUUGGUACAAUAUGAGAGCUAAAGAUAACCGUAUUUUGUUAUUUAUAAUUUUAAGAUCACAGAGACAAUUAAAGUUUACAGCAGGCAAAAUGGCAGAUCUUUCCUUAGAGUAUUUCACAAAUAUUAUGAAGGCUUCUGGAUCGUAUUUAUCGGUGCUACUGGCAAUGAAAUAAAUGCCAUAGUAUUUAUUUUAAAAUUUCUUAAUAAUCAUAAAGUAAUAAAGUAAGUUAUUAUAUCGUAUAUAGAGUUUGAUUUUCUUAAAAAGAAUAUUUAAGGCAAAGUAUAUAUAAUAUGUACAGAUAAAUAUGAAAAAAUAUAUACGCAUGGUACAUAUUUUAGUAAAA